AGCAUUUCGACGAAUCUUCAGUGUCUUUGCAGAGAAGUUAAAGCAGAUUCCCAGUUCUAAUUACGGAAAGCUCUUCCAUUUUCGGAUAUCGAUGAUUACGUCAGCUCUUAUUGCAAACUUUGGGAAGUCACCAUCGAUCACUCAGAUACUACGACUCUCACCUCAUCCUCACGCGUCGCUUGUCGUCCUCACUUUGCCUUAUGUAUGCGUCUUGUCGAUGUGUGGGCUGGCAAGCAUGUCGGACGAGAGCACAUAAAGCAUACAGAGCAGUGUCCAAACAGCAUCGAGGCUUCUUCACUAUAUUAGCAUGCAGGCAAGCCGCGUUACCAUCAGACGCUGGUAGCAAGAGAGGGGAUUCCAGCUGUGGCGAAGACGCAGCCAAACACAAGCCGGUAACAAGCAAGUGGCGGAAAAGGCAGAACUUGUACGCACGCAAUGGCUUCGACAGCAGCUACAUGAUCGUAGAUCCGGUCACAGGCUCAGCCGAAAUCGUCGAACGCGAUACGAAAGCCCGAGAUAAGCAAGCAUCCAGAACGCUCCCUUCAAUUCAACUUCCUUCGUGGUUCGACGACUGCGUUCUAUGGCCAGACCACCAGGUGGGGACGUCGAAGUAUCCCUUUAAGAAGCGGAUUAUUUCCCUUCCCUCUAAAGACAGCUCCGUCGCUGGAAUAAGUUUUGUACAGGAAGCUGAUAACAAUUUCCAUCAUCAAACUUGCAAAGAUGAAGUUCUCCCCUCGGAGCGGAUGUGGCUCGAUCCCUUGGUUUUCGCAGAGAUUGACGGUGUGAUUCGGACGAGCUUGGAGCUUCCGCCAUCCAAAGAUAAGGACACGCCCCUCUCUGUGCGAUCAACUGUAUCUCUACAUUGCCCGCUAGAAGGAUGCAUGCCUCUUCUUGGCGACAUUGUUGAACACAUUGCCGCCACACAAGACUCCGGCAUUCUGCGACUCAGCGCACAGGACCUUGCAGAGCUUGGUGGUAAUUACGUCUGUCCUGAUGCGGGUUUGGAUGUGUCGUUACAGACACUACCCUUUGAUGCAUAUAGUGAGACUAUCGAGGAGUCUGUCGAAUCAGACGAAAGCGCAGACGAGGAAGACACUACAGAGGAAGAAGACGAUCGCGAAAGAUCGCAGAAUAUGCAGACCGCCGCAAUGGUUUUGCAGCCAACACUGAUUCCAAUGCAUGGCGGCAGCGUGGAGGACAUAUUGAAAAACCUGACGGCCGCGUUCUCGCCGACAGGUCUUGGCAUCGGUACAGAUUCGAAGAAGCACACAAAGGGAACAGAGAAAGGAGAAGAAGAGGUAGACGUCGAGCCCCUGAUGGACGAAGCACUCUUGGACAAAUUCCUAAAUGCCCUUAUUGACGCUGCUUGGUCGAGACGAGCACAAGGUGCAGAUGCAGCGACAAAACCCAGGCGAAGGCUUGUUGUCUGCCUGGAGGACAUGAUCAGGAUAUCGCAGACGGCUAUAGGAAUUGAACUUGUAGAAAGAUUGGCACAAGUUAUCCGCCGGCGGCGUAUGGAGAAUGGAGAGAACAUCGUUUUGGUGGGCAUCUCCAUUGAUAAGGACUUGCUCUCUUCAGCAGACGCAGGCAGAACAAUACAAUGGGAGACAGAUCAUUCAAUAUGGAGAACAUUCAUAGUGAUGCCACACUCGGCAGAUGGCAGCGUCAUCACCUCUCAAGAACAAUGCCUUCGUCAAUUGCAUGCUCAGAGGAUACUCAAUAUAAAUAUACGAAAUUGGUACAUGGUACUCAGUCUGAUGGCUCCUGCCCUCGCUCCCUCUCGACAUCAGAUCCUUGGCUCCCUGAACAACGAAAUUGGCAGUGCUCUUGGGUUUACAAAGACUUUUCUUCCACGGGAUGAAAUUCAGCGACUCGCAACGACUUCCAUCGCUCGAGCACUUUCUCAGAAGCGAAAAACCGUCGGUUUGGACGACUUAGUCAGAGCUGUGGAUGAUAGUCGCGUUAUGGACGCUACGCGCCAUGCCAGACUUCAGAGCUUGCGCAACUUCGAAGCUUCAAGCUCGACCAAAGGUGUCUUUGGUCCAAAAGACCCUCUUGAUGCUUUCUUUCCUUCUCUCGAUCCACAGAAGCCAAUAAGCCUCGCUGGUUUGGAUCCGCAGCCUGUUGGUUUGUUUGACAUCUCGUCUAGAUUGCGGUCUCUGCAGCGUGAGGCAGACCGCUACGAAAAGCGCCUGAUCAGCGGAGUCAUCUUACCCGAGCGCAUUAACACCACCUUUGAAGACGUCCACGUCGCCAGGAGCACUGUUGAAGCCGUACGUGAUCUCACAUCGUUGUCCUUGCAGAGGCCAGAUGCUUUCAAAUACGGUGUUCUCGCAAAAAACACACUUUCGGGCGUUUUAUUGUACGGCCCGCCAGGAACAGGCAAGACUAUGCUCGCAAAAGCUGUCGCCAAAGAGUCCAAAGCCGCCGUUCUGACAGUUACUGGCUCCGAUGUCAACCAAAUGUGGGUCGGUGAGAGUGAAAAGACCGUCAAAGCAAUCUUCACUCUAGCUCGCAAGCUAGCACCCUGUGUGGUCUUUAUCGACGAAGCCGACGCCCUUCUCGCCAGUAGAGGCUCGGACGGGCGCGGUGGCAGGCCGAAUCAUAGAGACACGAUCAACCAGUUCCUUCUUGAAUGGGACGGCAUGAACGAGAGCGGGGUGUUUCUGAUGGUUGCAACCAACCGCCCCUUUGACUUGGAUGAUGCAGUCUUGCGCCGUUUGCCUCGCAGAGUGCUCGUCGACCUCCCGGACAAAGACGAUCGCGAGGCCAUACUUCGCAUCCACCUCAAGGGCGAAACCAUCUCCAACGAUGUCGACAUAUCCGAGCUUGCCGAGCAGACUCCCUAUUACUCUGGGUCAGAUCUGAAGAAUGUCGUUGUCUCUGCCGCUCUUGCAGCCGUUAAGGAUGAGCUGGAGGCAAAGAAGAAAGCAGAUGCGCAGGGUGAACCGUACCAAUUCCCUGAGAAGCGAACGCUACAAAAAGUGCACUUUGUAAACGCAAUUGGCGAGAUAAGCGCGAGCGUCACUGGCGACAUGUCAAGCCUAGGGCAGAUCAAGAAAUUCGACGAGCAGUACGGCGAUCGCAAGGGCAGGCGAAAGAAGAAUCCAUAUGGGUUCUUGAAAGUCGAGGAGCGCGAGGAGUAUGCUCGUGUCAGAGCUUAGUUAAAGCGUACAGUUUUAUGCUUCUUCUUGAACUCAAGACGUCAAGCUCUGCAUAUAUCAGAGUUUUGAACAGAUAUCAGAGUUUUGUGCAGAGAUAUAGAUUUGUACCGUUCAGAAAUAUUUGACAAGGGAAUCUUCGUAUAGCAAGGCCUAUUUUCCAGUGUCAACUGGCAACUCCUCAUGCUGUAGGACAUGGGUCCUAGUGAUUUCCGAGAAUCUGGAGAGUGUUGACUUACGCUUCUUUAUUGCUUAACUGUGGUGACAAAACUGUUAGGAACCCUUUCAUAAUCCGACAAGACCUUACUAACGUAAGUCACUUCGGAAGGGAUGAGCUUCCUUGAGCGAGGGAGGAAGGGACUUCUAUAGUAUAUAGGAAGAGGAUAAAUAUAUUAAUAGGAGUCUUUAUAACUUCAGAUAAUUAUACUUUAAUAAAUAGGGG